GAAACAGCCGGGGUUUGGGGGCUUGGAAGCAAAGAUGGAGGACCAAUAAGCUCGUAUUAAGUCAUUUGGGGACCAAGGUGCACUUAUUUUAAUGCCUGUUUUUUUCUCGUCUAUCUCUGGCUUCUCUGGAUUUUGUGUCUUUGAUAAAAGAAACCCCAAGAGGACAGAUCAGUUGAUUCUAGAACUAUGGCGCACGGUUUGGUGACAUUCUCAGACGUAGCCAUCAACUUCUCUCAGGAGGAGUGGGCGUGCCUGGACUCCUCGCAGAGGGACCUGUACUGGGACGUGAUGUUGGAGAACUACAGCAACCUGGUCUCCCUGGAUUUAGAGUCACCAUAUGGGACCAAGAGUUUGCCUACAGAAAAGGGCCUUUAUGAAAUAAAUUUAUCCAAGUGGAGCUCAAAUGGAAAAAGUAAAUCCCUUGGCCUUGACUGGAUGUGUGAAGGUGAGUGUGAAGGACCACGGGGCCCUCAAGAGGGCUGUUUCAAUCAAAUGAUAAUCAACUGUGAGAAAACGCCUACUUGUAGAGAAAAUACCUCUGUUAGACCACAUCAGAGACUUAAUACUAGGGAGAAUUCCUAUGAAUGUAAGGAAUGUGGGAAGGCCUUUAGUCGUGGCUACCAGCUCACUCAGCAUCAGAAAAUCCAUACGGGUGAGAAGCCCUAUGAAUGUAAGGACUGUAAAAAGGCCUUUCGUUGGGGUAACCAGCUCACUCAGCAUCAGAAAAUCCACACGGGUGAGAAACCCUAUGAAUGUAAGGACUGUGGGAAAGCCUUUAGAUGGGGUUCAAGCCUCGUCAUUCAUAAGAGAAUCCAUACGGGAGAGAAACCCUAUGAAUGUAAGGACUGCGGGAAAGCCUUUAGACGUGGUGACGAGCUCACUCAGCACCAGAGAUUUCACACUGGGGAGAAAGACUAUGAAUGCAAAGACUGCGGCAAGACCUUUAGCCGUGUGUAUAAGCUAAUUCAGCACAAGAGAAUUCAUAGUGGCGAAAAACCCUAUGAAUGCAAGGACUGUGGGAAGGCCUUUAUCUGUGGCUCGAGCCUCGUUCAGCACAAGAGAAUUCAUACUGGUGAGAAGCCCUACGAAUGCCAGGAAUGUGGGAAGGCCUUCACUCGAGUCAAUUAUCUCACCCAGCAUCAGAAAAUCCACACGGGUGAGAAACCUCACGAGUGUAAGGAGUGUGGGAAGGCCUUUCGCUGGGGUUCGAGCCUUGUUAAACAUGAGAGAAUUCAUACUGGUGAGAAGCCAUAUAAAUGCACAGAAUGUGGGAAGGCCUUUAAUUGUGGCUACCACCUCACCCAGCACGAGAGAAUCCACACGGGUGAGACGCCUUACAAGUGUAAGGAGUGUGGGAAGGCCUUCAUCUAUGGGUCAAGCCUCGUUAAACAUGAGAGGAUUCAUACAGGGGAAAAACCCUAUGAAUGUAAAGAGUGUGGGAAGGCCUUUAGUCAUGGCCAUCAACUUACACAGCAUCAGAAAAUUCACACUGGUGAGAAGUCCUUUUGAGUGUAAGGAAUGUGGGAAGCAUGUAACCACGUGAACCAUCUUAGAGAACAUCAGUGUUCAUGCUGCUGAUAAACCUUUUGAACAAAAAGAAAGGACAGAAGCUUCUAUACAGCAUUCCUUCCUUCCACAGCACAAGGAAAAUCCAUGAUACAGUUUAGCAUGGGAUAGCCUUCACUGGUCACUCUCCUGCUUAUAGCAUCUCAGAAUAGUCAUUCUCAAGGCAACUUUGGAGAAUGGAGAAAUCACUUCUUCAUAAUCACAACACACUAAGUGUAGACUUGUUUUUUGUGGGUUUUUUUGUCUUGCUGAAUUGGUUUCAUGGGUGGAUAGAAGCCUCCCUCCACCAUUCAAGCUCUAUCUCAGAUUUGUUCUAGGGAAUAACUCUGCUAAUGUAACCCAUGUGGGAGAGCGUCCCGCCAUGGUACACACCCUCCCUGUUACCAUCACCAUCCCACCCCUUUACUCCUGUGACACACUGGAAAAAUGACCUUGUUACCCCUGUGCGUUGUGUGUGAGAUGGGGACAAUCACGCCUGCCUAAUACUGCUGUUGUGGUGACUGAGUUUGGUACAUGUAAACUCUGACGGUGUAUCUGGAACACUGUGUAAGCUCAAUAAAUAUUAGCUGUUGUUCUUACCAUCAUCA